AAAAUUAUAAUAAUAAUAUUUUCUUUUUUAACAAAAACUUUCUCAAUUCUCAAACUCAGAAUUAGCAAGUUGAAACUCAAUUUACAAACUCAAAAUUUUUCAUGCUUUUAUGACCUUACGUAGUUUGAAUCAAUUUCCUUCUUUCUUUCUUUCUUCCUCUUUGAUAGAUUUUUGUUCUUUUAUACAAUUCGAAGCCUCUGUUAUUUUUUUUAAUCAUCAAUUAAUCUGUUAAUGGCAGAUUUUAUUCGGGUAUCUUCUUUUCAUUCGCUUCGCUUUUCGUCUUCUUUGGUGCUCUGUUCGUUCACCUCCACGUUGAAUGCUCUCCCACCUAAUCAGAUUCUAGGCAAUAAAUUUUUUCCUCUUGUUUAUUCUUCUGCUGCUGGUUUUUCUCGCCUUUCUUUCACACCCAAGAAGCACUUUCUCUCUUUGAAGGUCAAUGCAACUGUUACGCAAACUGACCAGCCAAAAUGGUGGGAAAAGAAUGCUCCAAAUAUGAUUGACAUUCAUUCUACACAAGAGUUUUUGGGGGCAUUAAGUCAAGCUGGAGAUAAAUUAGUCAUUGUUGAAUUUUAUGGAAGCUGGUGUGCUUCUUGCCGAGCAUUAUAUCCAAAGCUCUGCAGGACAGCUGAGGAACACCCUGAAAUCUUAUUCCUGAAAGUGAACUUUGAUGAGAACAAGCCCAUGUGUAAAAGUUUGAAUGUGAAGGUUCUUCCUUAUUUUCACUUUUAUCGAGGAGCCGAUGGACAGCUGGAAUCAUUUUCAUGUUCACUUGCUAAGUUUCAAAAGAUAAAAGAUGCUAUCCAACAGCAUAACACGGCUCGAUGCAGUAUAGGUCCGCCCAAAGGAGUCGGAGAUCUGAGUCUUGAAGCUAUUUCCUCUCCAGUAGACAAACCAGCUGGAUGAAAUUAACCAAGUGGUUUAGGAAUUAAGUAUUCAUAUAUAUAAAUGUCUUAGUGUUACUAUGUUUUGCUUACUGAAGGAUAUCUGUUGUGAGGUAUCCCUGGUAUUCUGUAUAUUGGCAUUUUCCUUAGUAAAGGAAGUGCUGAAAAUUACAGUUGGCUUCAUUCUUUGUCAUUGCUGUUCUAGUUGUGAUAUAUAUAAAUAUAUGAAAUUUAAUGUUCUGAA